GUGGCAGCAGAGAGGAGUAGUAAUCGUUUUGCCGGCGUGCAUGUGAGCUGAGCCGUGCAACCAACUGCAUGCCUCCUCUGCUCUGCUCUGGCUGCCUCGCUUCCUCUUUCCUUUCUAUAAAGACCCCACACGCACGAAUCAUGAGCUAGCCGGAGCCAGCCGCGCUUACAAGUUACAAGUGAGUGAGAGCGGGAGCUAGCAGAUCAUACGGAGAAGAAGAAGCUCGCUGUGAGGAGAGAGCUCUAGACUCUAUACUCCAGAGUGUGUAGUGAGAGAGAGACAGAGAGAUAGAGAGAAAUGGACUGGUACGCGUGGCUGUCCAAGGCGGGGCUGACGCCGGCGGCGACGUACGAGUACGGGCUGCUCUUCAGCGAGAACGAGCUGGAGCCCGGGGACGCGCCGGACUUCGACCACGACCUGCUCAAGAGCAUGGGCAUCGCCGUCGCCAAGCAUAGGCUCGAGAUCCUCAAGCUCGCCAGGAAGGACGCCGCCGCUGUUGCCUCGUCCCACUCUUCCGCCGCGGCUCAGCUCGCGCGCAGGGCCGGCAGGUGCAUCGCCCGGUGCGCGCGCCGGCUGGGCGGCGGGAGGCGGUACUCCUCCUCCUCGGUCACCGUCGUGCCGAGGAUCUGCAACGGCGCGGCGGGCGACGUGGUGGUCCGCGCCGGCGCGGUGCGGCGGAGGAGCAGCGUCAAGAAGAUGGUGCUCAUGAUCACCGACGGCGGCGUCGCGAGCGGCGGCGGCGUCCGGUUCUCCGGGUCCCAGAAGGCCAGCCUCAUCUUCCAGGACUGCGCAUACGACGACGACAACGGCGCCGGGGAGGAGGGGGACGAGGAGCGGUGCUCCGAGGGCGGCACCGCCGGAGGCGAGAGCGAGAUCAAGUGGGACUCCAUGUUCCAGGACCUCAAGCCGACGUGAGCUGCGCUGCGUGACCACGCCGAGCAUAUCAUUUUCUCUUGCUCCCUCGACCCCUUCUCGUGUUAGAGAUUACUGUUUUCUUGGUGUGCCUGCGACUGCGAGAGUGUGGCCUCCGGUUCUGUCUUGUGUAAAAUGAAUGGGUUUGGAGUGAUGAUGAGUGAAGUUCAAGAACGAUUGGCGCACCACAUCUGAAACUAUGUGCACACACCAACGGACGAAA